UAACACAUGGAGGAGGAGCAAAGAAUACAUUGUUCCCUAUCUUUAACUGAAGAACAAGAAAAUACCAACCAACCAAGGAGACAGAGCGAAGAUGAUCUUGAAAAAAGAACGCAGCAUCAUGUAAAUAGAGAUUCACAGGAGGAAGAAGAAUCGGCAGAGGAGGGAACAAGCACCAGGGCACCUAAAUUCACAGAUGAUGAGACUGAAACUCUCAUUGAUGAUGUAAUUAAAUUUAACAUGCAACUAUUUGGGUCAAAAUAUAGAGAUGAACACAACCGCUUCAACAUUACAACAUGGGAGAAAAUAUCAAGAAAUGUGUCUUGUGCAGGGAAUACAGAGCGAACAGUGUCCAGCAUAAAAAAAAGACUCAGAGACUGCAGGAGGGUAACUAACAAUAAGAUCCAAGCAGGACAUAAGUUACAGAAAACAUGGGAGAAAAAGUGUAAGGAUUAUUUUCGGCUGGUACACCAUGAAGAAAGUGCAGCACCUAGCAGUACAGAAAAACAACAGAAGAGCAUCAAAACAGUUUCAAAAAAUAAGAAGGCGACUCCAACAAAGUCUGAUUCAUCCAAGAAGAAACAUUCACCAGCUUUGUCAGAUCCCGAAGAUACCAUGAGCAAGCGACGUAGAAGAGUGUCCUUUAGACAACAGGACACUUUGGAGGAGAACAUUGAAAAGGAGGCAAGAACCACAACGCAGGAGACAACUGUGCAGGUCACAGGCACAACGGCUCCAGAAGAAAAUGUGCAUGAGCACGGAACAACAAUGCAAGAGACUAUUGAGAAUGAGCCCAUACCAAAUUUUGUGGAGGCCACAUUGCCUAAAAGAAAGGCAAUAUAUCAUCAGGAAACCCUUCCAGAAAAUGUCAUAAGACUUAAUCAAGACACAGUGCAUGAAACAAUGCAAACAACAGAGGAGGAAUCACAGCAUUUGCAAGGGACAACACAACAUGAGGACACGGUCCAUGACACUAGGAAAAACGUACAGGAGGAUUCAAGGCAUGUAACAGUGAUAACAGAACAGGACAAUAUAGCACAGGACAUCAGUCCAACUGUUCAACAGGGAAUAAUGCAUGAGACUUUGCCAACAUUGCAGGCGACCGCAACAAUAGAGCAAGAGAACACGGAAACAUUGCAUGGGACAGAUGGAAACCAUGAUACCAUCAGUGAAAGAAUGGGGUGCAUGGAGCAACAAAUGAAAGAAGAUAUACAGAGAAUAGAAAACAAAUUGGAUAACAUGCAACAGACAUUGUCAAAAAUGCAGCAACGGUUAGAUGAAAUAACAACCACACAGCAGUCACAAGGAAAUGCACUUUCUUCGAUGACCUCGUUAUUAAGCCAUAUGAAUGAAAAUCAGCAAAUAUUUAAUUGUCAGUCACAGCAAAUUCAACAGAGUAUACAACAUAUGGUGGUAUGGCAGUAUGAUUCUGUUACCAACUCCAGGAUGAUAGCCAACCUCCUUCAGCUCAUGAUCAAUCAAGGAAGAGAAAUUUCCACCUCAAUACCACAGACAUCGGGAACAAGCACACAAACACGUGGGGAAACCAACAUUGAAACACAACAUCAACAAAGAAGACAAAAUACAGAACCACAAACAACAAACACUACAGAUGACAACAUGGCAAGGCAAUAUCACCUUCAAUCAACUCAUUUAGCUUUUGGGACAUAUGCACUACCGAAUCAGGGAAUAACAACAGAGGAGCAUCAAUUAAAUCAAGGAACAUCUGGAAGCCUAAACCGUUGAAAAAUACAUAGAGGUAUACUCUACAAAGAAAAAGAAAUACAAGAAUGAUUUUAUAUUUUCAUUGAAUUAACAUUUUGACAGUUAACACAUUAAUAAAGAUGGUUGAAAGAUUAAUUAUAAUUAAUUUGAAUGUUUUUUGACAAAAUGAUUUAAAUAAUUAUAUUAAAGUUAUGCAAUGUAAACGAAAUAUGUGAUAUCUGUUGUUACAA